UAUUUACUUCCGAAUGAUUUUGUGUACUUUGUGUGGAAUCUGUAGUCGGUAUGAAGUCCCGGUUGCGAUUUUGUCGUGGAAAACCUCGUUUCUUACGAAGGGUGCUGGGGUUUGAACGAGUUGAGAGAGUGCACUGUGACCGCCAUGCCCGAGUUAAGAACUGAGCUUCGACAUUAGCUGUGGGCGGGAUGAUUGAACAGGAGGGAGACGCUGCAGGAAGAGAUUUUUCUGUGGUGGCGUGGGGGACUCAGGGAGAAGGUGCAGAAGUGAAGGACAUGAGAGGUGGUAUGACGCAAGCAAAAAGGGGAAGCUCUCGUAGAAUACAACAGCGAGGGAAUUGGUCAGAAGAGAGUAUGAAGGAAGCUAUUAAGGAGGUCAAGAAAGGGACAGCCUCCAUAGGUAAGAUUGGAGAGAAGUACGGAAUUCCCGAGUCGUCAAUCCGGGACUGGCUAACCGGGAAAACAUCUUCCAAGAAGAAAGGUCCUCGCACUGUUCUGACGAAGGAGGAAGAAGACUCGAUGGUUGACUGGUGUUUAGAGAUGCAAAGAAAUGGACAUCCUAUUACGUUCUACAUGCUCCGAAGGAAAGUUGCAGAUGUGUGCCAGGGAAGAGAGACUCCAUUUAGGAAUGGAGUACCUGGUAAAAGCUGGAUGGACUGGUUUCGCAAGCGUCACCCAACUGUUAUGAUCGAGGCUGCUCAUGCUCUGAAGGGCAAGAAGAGGAGUGACACACCGAGAGCAUUACUAGAUGGCUUGAUUGCAAGGGAAGAAGAAGAUGCAGUGAACAGAGAUUUGUUUGGGGCUGCAGGUAGCGAACCAUCGCCGAUGGACUCCCAUGAUCCGCGUGACAUCAUGCUUCAGUUGAUGCAGCAGGAGCCUCACAUGGAUGGCCAGCUUCAGGCGCAGAUUCCGAAUCAGAUGCAGAAUCAGAUGCAAACACCAAUGUCGGCUCAGAUGCAAGGCCAUCUUUCGGGCCAAAUCUCAUCACAGCUCCCAACCCAGCUUACGCCUCAGCUCGCACCUUCCAGGGGAUUGGAAGCUGUUAACCAGGAGGAGAGUACUCCCGGCUAUGAGCCAUGGAAAGGUCAGGAGCGUGGAGAUCAAGAUCACGAACGUGAUGAAGCUGGUAGGAAUGGAUUUGACAGUGAGGAUAGUGGCAGUUUUCCUUCCAGCAAUUCCAAUCCAGGAGGCAGAAGAUGGACUGAGUUUGUGGAGGGCAUGGCUGGAUUAGAACGGGCUAUCAGAGAAAGUGAAGAACGCAAGGAUCGUCGACUUGAGCGGCAACUUGAAGCAAACGAACGCAUUGCUACCAGUUUGAUUGUGGCCCUUGGUCAAGUUUCUGAGUGUUUACGAACCAUCGGCUCUAGAGGAAUGGGUGGUGGAGAUUUAGGGCAAGCUGUGAGUGCUCUUGGAAAUUUGGGAGGAUUGAGUGCUGAAUUGAGUGCCGGAUUGAGUGGUGGUCUUGGGGAUCAGCAGCCCUAAUACGUAUGAAAUGCUAGGUUGCUUAAUGUACUGGAAUAAUGAACAAAAAGCAGAUCAAUCCGAAAUGGCAGAUAAGUUUCCGUUCACAGAGACCAGACCCUAGCUCCUGGAUAGGUAAGCAAAAGUUUCUUGCAGGGUUAGUGGGGAACAGGAUGCUCAGGUUGGGGUGGUUAAUGUUUUGCAAGUACCGGAAAUGCUCGGGUUACUCGUAUCGACAUCAUGAUUGCAGACUCCUCGUGGCGGUAGCUACACUUGGAGGUAGAUACGUACUGUCACUACGACUACAAGAGUCGAGCACAAAUGAUCAGCGUGACAAGAUUGCAUUUUGGUGCAGAAGGAGAAGUUUGUCUUCGGUUCUGGUUAAACUCACGUGCCACCUUGUGGGAAUUGGGAGAGUAGUGUCUUCUGGUAGAUUCUGAGAUGUACAGUGUAAGAUCUGUCAAGUGCAGCUACCCGUGGGUCGUUACGAUAUCAUUAUACGAAGUGUUUUGAAUCUGUUAGGGAUAUAACUUGUAAAGUCGUAAAUUAGAAAUUCAACUACCAGAACUGUGGCUAGGACCACUUGUUUCUUGGCCUGCCAAGAGAAUAUCUAUAUUAUAGUUGGCAAGUUUCUUGAGACUCCAUCUCCAUGCUGAAACUCCGCAUCUUGUGAAAUCAGAGUUUAUUUGGGAAGCUAAGAGUGUUGAGGCAGGUCUUCACACCAAAUUCUCCCAAAUGUAAGUAUUAACCUA